GGACGGAUGGUUGUACCGCCAGCAGAGUCAUUGGCUAUCUCUUAUUAUCAAAAUAGUUGCCCUGAAGCAGAGGCCAUUAUCUAUAGAAAAGUGAAUCAAUGGGUUAACAGUGAUUACACACUUGCGGCUGCGAUUCUCAGGCUCCACUUCCACGACUGUGCCAUUAGGGGAUGUGAUGCUUCCAUUCUACUAAACCAUGUAGGGAGUGAGAGACAGGCACCAAAUAGCAAGACUCUCAGAGGAUUUGAAUUGAUAGAUGACAUCAAAGCAGAGCUUGAGAAGAGUUGCCCCAAGACCGUGUCUUGUGCUGAUAUUCUCACAGCUGCAGCUAGGGAUGCUACUGUCAAGCUUGGUGGUCCAUUCUGGGAGGUUCCCUUGGGAAGGAAGGAUGGUUUUGUUUCCAUUGCUAAGGAAGCCGAUAUGGUUCCUAUGGGCCAUGAAACUGUCACUCAACUCAUUGAAUUUUGUCAAGCUCGUGGCUUGAAUAUUGUUGAUUUGGUUGUUCUCUCAGGGGCACACACCAUUGGAAGGAGUACCUGUGAUUCCCUACAGUUCAGGCUCUAUAACUUCAAUGGAACUAAAAAACCUGAUCCAUCCAUUGACUGGAAGUAUCUCAAUUUCUUGAGAAGAAAAUGCAGAUGGGCAUCAGAAUAUGUAGAGCUUGACGGGACAACCCCAAUGAAAUUCGAUGCGAUUUACUACACUAAUCUUGAGAAGAAGAUGGGAUUGCUAGCCACAGAUCAAGAGCUAGCCGAGGAUGCAAGGACUGCACCUCUUGUUACCGCAUUGGCUGGUCAACCCUAUAUGUUCACCUCUCAGUUUGCUGUGUCAAUGGUCAACCUCGGAAAUGUCCAAGUUCUCACAGGCAUUCAUGAAGGAGAAAUCAGACAGAAUUGCAAUUGGGUCAAUCCUCCUCUUCCUUCUCUUCCUCAUCCUCAUGGCCUCCACAUUCCUUAA